AAAAAUUCCCGUUUAAACUUGAGUAUUAUCAUGGUGGCUGACUUGAGUUGUAGUUGGUAGAGGAACACACUCGUCACCCUGAGGACGAUGGUGAGCAACCUAUUCCUAAAACCCCACCUCGUUACCUUUCCAUCAAAAUUCCCUUUCCCUUAUACUAACAAACCUUCUCUUUCCCUCCAUACUGCAACUUUCUCAACCAUCACUCUCUCGUACGGACCUUGCCUUCACAAAGGAACCAAACCUUCCCUAUCCCAUUCCCACUUUCCCCUUAACCAAAACGACACCGUUCUCCAAGAAGAAGCUUUCACCAGAAUCUUCGAUCUCGCCGCGCUUCGUGUUCCCUCCACCCAUUGCUCCGCCCUCGAGAACCGCCUCCGCGGCCACCUCCUUAACUGGCCUCGCAUUCGCAACAUCGCUCGCGUUCCCGGUGAUGACGUUGACCCUAACGUUGCUCCAUUAUUAGGGCAAGCGAUUAACGGGGACGGCCAAGAGGAAGAAGAAAGAGGUCUCGUUUCGUUGCAACGCCGGAUUCACGGCAAAGCGGAGGGUGACGGCGACGUGUUGAGCCCCGUGCUCUACCGCGAUAGGCUCGCGAAGACUUUCAACUCUCGCGGGUUCGUCAAGUUCAGGAACCUCGCGAAGAUUUCGAGGCCGAACAGAAAUAAGAAGAAGAAGGAGAAAGGAAAUGAAAAUGUUAAGCGCGUUGGGAAAAGUGGAUUUGCUUCAAUUGAGGUUGUUGAGGAGGAGGAAGAAGAGGAUGAAGGAGGUGGAUUGAGGAAUUUGCUUGGAGAAGAGUUCGUGAGGAACAAGUGGAGGGGUUCCACGAGGUUGUUACUUCUCGAUGAACGCUACGCGGGUCGUGGUGUGGAGGAGUUGCCCGAGGCGAUAAAGGCUGUCUUAAAGGAAUAUGCAGAAAAGAGUACAACUUUGAUUUUUGAGCUAGUUAGAUGCAAGUUGACACUGUUCUAUGAUUACUGGCAGAUGACUGAGAUCUUGGAGGCCUUGCUGCCUGAGGGUAUGAUUGUUCCUUCAGCUUUUGAGACUGUUGGUCACAUUGCACACCUGAAUUUGAGAGACGAACAUUUACCAUACAAGAGGCUUAUAGCUAAGGUUGUGCUGGAUAAAAAUAAGCCAAGGAUACAAACAGUUGUGAACAAGGUUGAUACCAUUCAAAAUGAGUACAGGACCAUGCAGCUUGAGGUUUUAGCAGGAAACCACUCUCUUGUGACUACACUAGUUGAGAAUGGAAUUCGCUUUCAGGUUGACUUAGCAACAGUAUAUUGGAGUUCUAGGCUUGGAACUGAAAGACAAAGGCUUCUGAGUGGUUUUACACGGAAUGAUGUUGUUUGUGAUGUUUUUGCUGGAGUUGGUCCCUUAGCCAUAUCUGCAGCAAGGAUAGUUAAGCGUGUUUAUGCUAAUGAUUUAAAUCCCUAUGCAAUUGAAUAUCUGGAAAGAAAUAGUGUUCUAAACAAGCUUGAGAGGAAGAUUAAGGUCUUUAACAUGGAUGGAAGAAGGUUCAUUAAGGCUAUGUUUGCCAGUGAUAAAGCUCAGUCAAUCACACAAGUGGUUAUGAACUUGCCAAGUGAAGCUGCAGAAUUUCUAGAUGCAUUUCGGGGAAUAUACAAAGAUAGACCCAAGUCUGGGGAAUUUAAUUUUCCAAUGAUCCGUGUUUAUGGAUUCUCCAAAGCGCCAGAUCCAGAAUUUGAAUUUCAUGCGAGAAUAAGAAUUGCGCUGUUAGAAGUGGCUGUCAACGUAGACAUGAGACGGGUACGACUGGUGGCACCUGGAAAAUGGAUGUUGUGCGCAUCAUUUAUUCUCCCUGAAAGUGUAGCAUUUGCUGAUGCUGCAGUUGAUAUCUAAGCAGUUUUUAGAUUGUCAAUCAGUCAUUGAGCGCAUUAAAUUUUGUUCCAUUACAUUAGUUGUCUAAAUGAUAUUGUAUAUAUGUGUAAUAUGAUGUAUUUAUUUAUUUUUUUAACCUCUAGGUCUCUAGCAUUACUAAUCAGUUGAUACUGAAAAAAUUAAAACCAUAAAAUUGAAUUGUAAGAGCUACAAACGGGCCUUUUGAGUUAAAAUCGAUUUUACCCUAAAUAGGGCUAGACUCUUAACUGUCUGUAUUAUUGCCUGUUUGGUUUAACGAUUGCUCCCUCAAUAAUUGAUUUUAAACUU